CUGGCAAGCCAUUGUCAAUGCAGGGUGGUCACGGUGGUGGUGUUGCAUAUGCCAAUGCCAGCAAUGGUCCUCCUUUGGAGAGAGUGUUAAUACUAGGACUGUUUUGGUUUUGGGAAUGAGAUCUAGAGGGUGUUCCUGAGGGUGAAUCAUGGUGGCCAAGGAAAAGCAUGACAGGGUUGGCGCUACGUCAGCUACCCAAAGCCGCCUGCUUUUGGCAGCGCAAAGAAAGGACCUGCCGAUUGCCUCAGCUGAGCGCCAGCUCAUCGCUGAGGUCAGUCAGCACGACACUCUGAUCGUCAUUGGCGAGACCGGAAGCGGCAAAACAACGCAGCUCCCGCAGUUCCUGAGAGCGGCCGGCUUCUGCAAGGGGGGUAAAGUGGUCGGUGUGACGCAGCCCCGAAGGGUAGCGGCCGUAUCGGUGGCGGCGAGAGUGGCGCAGGAGAUGGGGAUGGAGCUGGGCAAGGAGGUUGGGUAUUCCAUACGGUUUGAAGACCGGACAGGGCCCGAGACAGUCGUCAAGUACAUGACAGACGGCCUGCUGCUGCGCGAGGCGCUGCUAGACCCCCUCCUCGCGCGCUACUCAGUCAUCGUCGUGGACGAGGCGCAUGAGCGUACGCUGCACACCGACAUCCUCCUCGGCCUCCUCAAGGCCGUGCAAGCCCGCCGCAGCGGCGCUGACGUCAGCAAAGCGUCACUUGCCGACUCCAAAACCUCGGCCCCCGACGCCAAUGGACACGCCACGAACGCCUCCACUUACGGAAAUGAGGGAACGCAUCAUGGCAAGGGCUGGAGAAGGGGCAAUGCUGACGUCAGCAACGGCGGGGGUGGCCGGCUCGAGCCGCUGCGAGUGGUGGUGAUGUCAGCGACGCUGGACGCGGCUCAGUUCUGCGAGUUCUUCGGCGGGGCGAAGGCGGUGUACGUGCAGGGGCGGCAGUUCCCGGUAGAGGUGCUCUAUGCGGCGCAGCCGGAGGCAGACUACCUGGACGCCGUCCUCAUCACGGUGUUCCAGAUCCAUCUGGAAGAAGACACGGGCGACGUCCUGGUAUUCCUGACUGGCCAGGAGGAAAUCGAGGCGAUGGAGCGGCUGGUCAAAGAGCGCGCGGCACGGCUACCUGAGGGCGCGCAGCGGGUUACUGUGGCGCCUAUCUACUCGGCCAUGCCCGCCGACCAGCAGAUGCGGGUGUUUCAGCCAGCGCCACCUGGCACGCGCAAGGUCAUCUUGGCGACCAACAUUGCAGAGACGUCCCUGACACUCCCCGGGGUUCGUUACGUGGUCGACCCGGGACUGGUGAAGGCGCGCACCUACAAUCCGCGGGCAGGGAUCGAGGCUCUUGCGGUCGUGCCCAUCUCCAAGGCGCAGGCCCGGCAGCGCAGCGGCCGCGCGGGCCGUGAGGCGCCCGGGAAGUGCUACCGGCUGUACACGGAAGCGGCGUUCGAGGCCUUGGAAGACGCAACCGUGCCGGAGAUCAAGCGAUGCAACCUGGCUGGGGUGGUGCUGCAGCUGAAGGCGCUGGGGAUCGACAACGUGGCACAGUUUGACUUCAUGGACAAGCCGCCCAGGGGCGCCAUCGUCAAAUCCCUGGAGCAGCUCUUUGCUCUGGGCGCGCUCACGGCGGAGGGCCGCCUCAGCGCGCCGACGGGCGUGCAGAUGGCGCGCUUCCCGCUGGAGCCGCUCUACUCGCGCGCGGUGCUGACGUCAGCGAGAAUGGGCUGCCUCGACGAGAUGAUCACCGCCGUCGCGAUGCUGAGCGUGGAGGGCGUCUUCUACGUGCCCAAGGAGAAGAAGUCCGAGGCAAACGCCGCCAAGAAGCGGUUUGUCAGCCCGGAGGGCGACCACGUGACGCUGGUGCAAGUGUUCCGGGCGUACCUGGAAGAGGGCGCCAAGGAGGACCGGAACGGCGCCAACGGAAACAGCGCGGGCAAGAAGAGAAAGCGCACGGGCGCGGCCGCGUGGUGCCACGCCAACUUCGUCAACGGCCGGUCGCUGAGCAAAGCCGUCGACGUGUACCGUCAGCUGCGCGACCACUGCGCGGGACUGGGGCUGCCGGCGAGCAGCUGCGGGCAGGACUGGACGGCGCUCCGGCGGGGGCUCGCGGCCGGCUUCUUCCUCAACGCUGCGAAGAGGCAGCCGGACGGGACGUACAGGGCAAUCGCCAACGGGCGCACGGUGUCGAUCCACCCGUCUUCGGUGCUGUUCGGGCAGGCGCCGGAGUGCGUGGUGUACAACGAGCUGGUGCGCACCAGCCGCGACUACAUGCGCGACCUCACGCGAAUCGACCCUGCAUGGCUGCCGGAGCUAGCGCCACAGUUCUACGGCCUUAACGGCGCCACCGCAAACAGGCACUGAUGCGCAUCGUUCGAGCGCACGCACGAACGGACGUUGGCGGGUUCUCUGGGGUUGCAAAACAGGGAACGAGAGGGACGGAGCUUUCCACGUGGCAGCACACGAGACCGGCCGCGAGAGUUGUGUCGGUUUCGUCAUACCGCCUUGGCGGAGCACCGGGCCAGACUUCGUCCUGCGACUGGUCGGUUAUGCUGCCGGCAACGUGAGCCAAAGCCGUAUGCUGCGGUAAUCUGGUUCACAGCAGUCCUCUUUUUGCGAAGAGAGGAUUCAAAGCAUCGGUUCCCGCAAAGAAGGGAUCCAGAGCAGCAAGCGAAGGCCAGGCUGAUGCGGGGAGGGGUUUCAAAGCGCGGAGCCAGGUUGAGGGAUGCGUUCGGAACUGGCAUCCGUCCGUCCUUUUCGCUCCGUGGGCCUCGAAUAAGCAGCAUAAGUGCAGAGAGCGGUUGGACAGCCGGUCGUCGACGCCUACGGUAGCCGUACACAGUCCGAACUUGCACGAGCUGCUGAGCAUCAGUCGUGCCGAGUACUUUUUGGCUUGGCGAGCGGGUCAAGACAACAUAAGGAAUUUUGAUCAAAAGCAGAGGCUCCUGUUCCGGGUCUAGAUUUACAGCCGUUGACAAGCAGCCUUGAUGACGAGAAACGUUAAGCAAGUGCGAUUUAUCUCAUCUCCUUCGAAAGCGUCGGUCUUGUCGGGCACAUGCUAGAAACGCGAGGAUCGCGGACAUCAAGGCAUAUAUCUUACGAAAAGUAACAAGGCUGACGUCAAGCAGCUGCAGGUUUGUCCUUCAGGGCGUGUUUAAGGUCGGAAUUUGCAUGGG